UUGGGGAAGGACUCUGCCCUGGUCGGAAGCUGGUCGUACAGAUGGCUCUUACCAUGUUUCGGAACUUUUAGCCCCCUCACCUUUGAAUUUGUGGCAGUGGGAAGUUGCAGGAAGCUUUCGAGUUUCAAUGGUAUUGUUUUUUCCUUCUGAACGUGAACGGCCCAGAAGGGUUUCAGCGCUGCAGUUCCUGGGUGGAUCCCUCUUUCACUUUUCCAGGUGUGGUGGUGGGUGGGAGCCGCUGUCGCCUGCCUGCCUGCCUGCCUGCCUGCCUGCCUAGGAGGCUCUUUGCUUUGCCUUGUGAAAACAAAUGGAUCUACGUUAACUUGAGUUGCCCUUCCUUCCUUCCUUCCUUCCUUCCUUCCUUCCUUCCUUCCUUCCUUCCUUCCUUCCUUCCUUUUUGUACUAAAAGUCGUUUUAGUGGCACAGAUUUGUAAAGGUGUGUGUUAAACUUACUGAUAUGGUAAUGUUUGGCCUUUAAAGGGAUAAGGAAAUUCUAAUCAUACUUUCUGUUGACCGGAGUGAAACAGCAAAACACCUGAAAGUCUUUUCUCAGUCCUUUUGGUCUCUGAAAGGUUUGUAGGUUGUAAAUAGACGGGUGAAGAGAAACCACUUAAUGAAAACUUGGAGUUUGCAAAGCAUGUUUGAGAAAGCACAAAGGGAAUUUUAUUUUUAAGCCACUGGAAUGAUGCUUUUUUGAGGUGUCUUUUGUUUGUUUGCCUGCUCAAUUAACUUACCACUAAGUUAGAACUCUGUUAAAGCUAAAGGCUUGUGACUGGUUCAUGUUUUAUAAUUGACCUUAAGGUUUGCUUGGUUUUGAUUUUUUUAUAUGCAUUCUUGGAAAUGUGCAGAUCCUAGAUAAUUAUAUAGCCAACUCUUCAGUAGCUGGAAAAUAGGUACUUUCUUCUUUUAAAAUGGAAAUCAGCAUGGAAAUUAGAGCUGGAAUAGAUAUUGCUCUAAUUGUAUCAAGAUGGGUCUUAAUAUCUAAGCUCCUCAUUACCUUUAAACUGAUAUGAAUCUUUAAUCUUUUGAUUUCAUAGUCCCUGUCCCCAUUUUUUUUAGACUAGAAUAUUUCCUUGAAUAUUUUUCUACUGGGAAGACAUUCCUUGUGUGAUGAUUUUGUCCUUGUGCGGUUGUGGCUUCUGGAGGAAACAAGUUUUGUUCCUCUUUUCCUUUCCAUAUAAUUUAGGCAAGGAUUACAGGAAAAAAUUUGACGAGUGGACCUCAGAAUUAAAAUAAGUAAUUGAUAAGAAAGACAAAAGACAAUAUGUACAGUGUGUUGGGCUAUAGUUUUCAUUUCCAAUUUUUCAAUUUUCCUUUGAAAUGCUUUUCCAAGGAGAUUUCUCAGUGUGUCUUUGGAGGGUCGGUUUGUUGCUGCCACAGUGUCGGUUUCUCACUCAACCUUUAGGGGGAGGGAUGAGAGUCUGAAGGAGGAGUACAAAGGCAGUUUGAAAAUAGGUUCUGGAUGACUGCUGGUGAUCUGGGUCCGGCUUGGAAACUGAGCUUUGUGUAGCCGUGUUGCGCAGCAUUAGGGUCCAGAACUAUUUACAAACUAAGGUAUUGUUUGGCCUGCCGUAUAGUGAAGAGCCUUUUGAGGUGAUAAGAUGGAAGAUUUUUGUCUUUUACUUCUCCUUCCUUGGUUCUUUCUGGAAUUACAGGAAAGAGUACAGAUAACUCUCUCCUUCCUGCUUGCUGCUUGCUGAGGUGGCUGGGGUGCUUCCAUGGUUUAUCUGAGUCUAGACUGGGCUAUUCUCUGUGCUAAACCAAUCAAUUACGGGCCUUCUCUUAACAGUGUGAAGUGAGGGGACCUACUCCCUCCUUUCUACUCCCUCUGUGGUCCACCUUACUUUUUAUCCUGCCCUGCGGCGGCUCCUCCCCUUACCUUCAUGGACGACUCAGAGGUGGAGUCGACCGCCAGCAUCUUGGCCUCUGUGAAAGAACAAGAGGCCCAGUUUGAGAAGCUGACCCGGGCGCUGGAAGAGGAGCGGCGCCAUGUCUCGGCGCAACUGGAACGCGUCCGGGUCUCACCACAAGAUGCCAACUCACUCAUGGCCAAUGGCACCCUCACUCGUCGGCAUCAGAACGGCCGGUUUGUGGGCGAUGCUGACCUUGAGAGACAGAAAUUUUCAGAUCUGAAACUCAACGGACCCCAGGAUCACAACCACCUUCUGUACAGCACUAUCCCCAGGAUGCAGGAGCCAGGACAGAUUGUGGAAACCUACACCGAGGAGGACCCUGAAGGAGCCAUGUCUGUUGUUUCUGUGGAGACCACAGAUGAUGGGACCACUAGACGCACGGAGACCACAGUCAAAAAAGUUGUGAAGACAAUGACAACUCGGACAGUACAGCCUGUCCCCAUGGGGCCAGACGGGCUGCCCGUGGACGCCUCAGCAGUCUCCAAUAACUAUAUCCAGACCUUGGGCCGUGAUUUUCGCAAGAAUGGCAAUGGGGGCCCUGGUCCCUAUGUGGGGCAAGCGGGCACUGCCACUCUUCCUAGGAACUUCCACUAUCCUCCAGAUGGGUAUGGCCGACACUAUGAAGAUGGUUAUCCAGGUGGCAGUGACAACUACGGCAGUCUGUCCCGGGUGACCCGAAUUGAGGAGCGGUAUAGGCCCAGCAUGGAAGGCUACCGGGCACCCAGUAGACAAGAUGUCUAUGGGCCCCAGCCCCAGGUUCGAGUAGGUGGAAGCAGUGUGGACCUGCAUCGUUUUCAUCCUGAGCCUUACGGGCUAGAGGAUGACCAGCGCAGCAUGGGCUAUGAUGACCUCGAUUACGGCAUGAUGUCUGAUUAUGGUACUGCCCGUCGGACAGGAACACCCUCUGACCCUCGACGACGCCUCAGGAGCUAUGAAGACAUGAUUGGUGAAGAGGUGCCGCCUGAUCAGUACUAUUGGGCUCCUUUAGCUCAGCAUGAGCGGGGCAGUUUAGCAAGCUUGGAUAGUUUGCGAAAGGGAAUGCCCCCACCUUCAAACUGGAGACAGCCUGAGCUGCCAGAGGUGAUUGCCAUGUUAGGCUUCCGCUUGGAUGCUGUUAAGUCCAAUGCAGCUGCAUACCUGCAGCACUUAUGCUACCGCAAUGACAAGGUGAAGACUGACGUGCGGAAGCUCAAGGGUAUCCCGAUAUUGGUAGGAUUGUUAGACCAUCCCAAAAAGGAAGUGCACCUCGGAGCCUGUGGAGCUCUCAAGAAUAUCUCUUUUGGACGUGACCAAGAUAACAAGAUCGCCAUAAAAAACUGUGAUGGUGUUCCUGCUCUGGUCCGAUUGCUCCGAAAGGCUCGUGAUAUGGACCUGACUGAAGUGAUUACUGGAACCCUGUGGAAUCUCUCAUCCCAUGAUUCAAUCAAAAUGGAGAUUGUGGACCAUGCGCUACAUGCCUUGACAGAUGAAGUUAUCAUUCCACAUUCUGGUUGGGAGAGAGAACCUAAUGAAGACUGUAAGCCACGGCAUAUUGAAUGGGAGUCAGUGCUUACCAACACUGCUGGCUGCCUUCGGAACGUAAGCUCAGAGAGGAGUGAAGCCCGGAGGAAACUUCGGGAAUGUGACGGCUUAGUUGAUGCCCUCAUUUUCAUCGUUCAGGCAGAAAUUGGGCAGAAGGAUUCAGACAGUAAGCUUGUGGAGAAUUGUGUUUGCCUCCUCCGGAACUUAUCAUACCAAGUUCAUCGUGAAAUCCCACAGGCAGAGCGUUACCAGGAGGCCCUUCCUACUGUGGCUAACAGUACUGGGCCACACGCUGCCAGUUGCUUUGGAGCCAAGAAGGGCAAAGAUGAGUGGUUCUCCAGAGGGAAAAAGCCUACAGAGGAUCCAGCAAAUGAUACAGUGGAUUUCCCUAAAAGAACUAGUCCUGCUCGAGGCUAUGAACUCUUAUUUCAGCCAGAAGUGGUGCGAAUAUACAUUUCACUCCUUAAGGAGAGCAAGACGCCUGCCAUCUUAGAAGCCUCGGCCGGAGCUAUCCAGAACUUGUGUGCUGGGCGUUGGACAUAUGGCAGAUACAUCCGCUCUGCUCUUCGUCAGGAGAAGGCUCUCUCUGCCAUAGCUGAGCUCCUUACGAGUGAGCAUGAGCGAGUAGUAAAAGCUGCUUCUGGGGCACUGAGAAAUCUGGCUGUGGAUGCUCGGAACAAAGAGUUAAUUGGCAAGCAUGCUAUUCCUAACUUGGUAAAGAAUCUGCCAGGAGGUCAACAGAACUCCUCCUGGAAUUUUUCUGAAGAUACUGUGGUCUCCAUAUUGAACACCAUCAACGAAGUUAUCGCUGAGAACUUAGAAGCUGCCAAAAAGCUUCGAGAGACGCAGGGUAUUGAGAAGCUGGUGUUGAUCAACAAAUCAGGGAAUCGUUCAGAAAAAGAAGUCCGGGCAGCAGCUCUUGUCCUGCAGACAAUCUGGGGCUAUAAGGAGCUUCGGAAGCCACUGGAAAAAGAAGGAUGGAAGAAAUCAGACUUCCAGGUGAAUCUAAACAAUGCAUCUAGAAGCCAGAGCAGCCAUUCAUAUGAUGAUAGCACUCUCCCCCUCAUUGACCGGAAUCAAAAAUCAGAUAAGAAACCUGACCGGGAAGAAAUUCCAAUGAGCAAUAUGGGGUCAAACACAAAAUCAUUAGAUAACAACUAUUCCACACUGAAUGAGAGAGGAGACCACAACAGAACACUGGACCGAUCUGGGGAUCUGGGUGAUAUGGAACCAUUGAAGGGAGCACCCUUGAUGCAGGACGAGGGGCAGGAAUCUUUGGAGGAAGAGUUGGAUGUGUUGGUUUUGGAUGAUGAGGGGAACCAAGUGUCUUACUCCCCCAUGCAGAAGAUUUAGCGCCACUCUACCUGCUCCAUAUGGGCUUAUAAUAUAUUACUUUUAUUUUUUGGUGGUGAAAUGGACUGAUGAUUUUUUUCCUUUCUUCGCUGGACUAUUGUGCCAACUGCCAGGCUGACUCCUACCCUUGUAGCCCAAAUUGGCUGCCGUCAUCCGUGAAUUACCUACAUCUUCCACUGAAGUUUAAUUGUCCUAUCCUCCCAGACCCUACUUCCAGUUUUCCCCCAAGAAACCUGACUCUGUUAUUUGCAUAUCUUGAGAAACUGCUGCAGAUUAGCUCUUUUUGCCAGCCUUCCCUGGAACUCUUGGCCUUGCAUAGAGGGAGGGAGAGUGGAACUCUCUACUGGAAGCAAUGGGAAGAACUGAAAAUUACACACUGUCUGUUCAGCAGUCAGCAUUCUGACAAACUGAUGACUUUUAAUCAAGACUAUUUUUUCUGGUGUGGGGGGAACUUUUUAUUUUGUUUUGGAUGGGGAAGUGUGAGUUCUUCCCUUAUCCAGUGGCGAUUUUUGAAGCCAAGAAGGCUGGAAACAUUGGCACAUUCCACCUGGCAAGGGCCCUCAAGUAAGUGAAGUACUCCCCAACCUCAGAGUGAGAACUCUUGUUCCUCCUGUUCAAGGCAGGGACCACAAAGGACCUACAGACUCCAUCUCUCUGUCAGCUUCAGGAUAACCUUGGGGUGCUGUCCUGACCAAGGCUGUCCUUAACCCUCCUCUCCUACCCUGUGAUAAACCUGCUAACUUGACCUGGCUGUUUUGCAAGAUGCUUUGUAAAAAGGAGAAUGCCAUGGAACCCCCUGGUUGAGAAGAAACAGAAAGAUUGUCUAUUGAGAAGAUGAACCUCUAGGAGGAAUGUACAUGAAGUGGUUAGUCUGAAACUGGCAGGAAGCUUCAGAGCUGGCUUUCCUCAGCCCCCUCACCCCAUCUCUCUUCGUCCUUUAUAAGCUUGUCCUCCCUCUCCUCCCCUUCCCUGGAUUUGUUGGCCAACUUACAAGACUUGUACAUAGCUCCUCCCCCUUUGCCCUUGUAAGGUAGGAGUUGCCCUGGCUUUGCCUCUUCUUUGUGCCUUUGGCCUGGGGUGCAUCUCCUCCCUCUCUUCCAGGUGCCUUUCUUUGCCUCUGCAGUCUCAUUUCUCAUGAUUUUGCAAGUUAGACCUUGUUAUUUUCUUACCCACUGUUGACCCCCAGUAGCUGAAGCAAAGAAGAGGAGUGGUAACUUAGGGAACUUCACGUCCCUACUGGGUGUUGUUAAAGCCUCUGACAUAGCCACAACAGGCUUCUGCUUAACAGUGUGCAGUUGGGAUUGGUGAAAAUCCAUCCCGAUAAGUCUCAAAGUGAGGCUGUUAGGAGGGAGUGCUGUGACUCUGACUCCUUAGUCGUCCCCAGUUCCCAUCAUCUCUGAAAGGCUACAGGGAAUCAGGCCAUGCCUCCAUUACACCCUUUUCUGUUGUAGUGAGUGUUACAGCUUGGCUAGAGAAGCAGCUACUAUGUGGGUGCAAUUUUUUUUAAACAUUUUUCCUUAUUUUCUUUCCUUAAUCUAAAAGCUCUAUUCAAUGCAACUGGAAUUCUUUAUCCCUCUUGUCCUGUUCCUUAAUAUAUUGAGGCUAUGGGGUAGGAGAAAAGUGCACAGCCCACCAACUCCUUUUCUUAUACAUUGCAGUCACCCCCUCCCCCCAACCUUUGCUUCCUUCCCAUUUCUUCCUAGUCCCGUUUCCCUUUUCUGGCAAAAAGGAGCUCUGUGCUCUCUGUGACCCUCAGAGUACACUGCACAGGGGAGCCUCCCCCACCCACAUCUAUCUGCCUCUGGUUUUGGGUUCUCUUGUCCUCUUCUGCUCUUCCUGGUGCUCUUUCUUCUCGGUGGGGUGUGGGUAAUAGAAUAGCCAUGGGCUUUGGGGACCUUUAACUGUUUUUUUGUUUGUUUGUUUUGUUUUUCCUUUUUCAUUUAUAAAAACACUAAACAUUCAAUUUCAGCAAACCAAAAAUCCUACCCUCCCACCGAAUACUACUAAGGGGCAUAUCUUCUGCUCUGUAUCUUUUCUCUCUUUCUUUCUCUUGUUAAUGCUUUUAAAAACAAAUGAGUUUUUUAUAUAAAUAAAAGUUUUUAAAGUGUGUGUGUGGGAGGUCUGUGUCAUUUCUUCACUUCCAGCUGCACUUCUUCCCUCCUUUCCUUCUUAGUUACUUUGGUGCCGGUGUUGUUUUUCUAUGCAGAGCAGCCAGAAGGCGGUUCGUUGUCUCAGGAUGGGCUUACUUUAGUUUCAGUCCCAACUCUAAUGAAGGAAGGUUCUUUGUAACACCCUCCCACUCCAGAGUCUUAAAAAUAUUUAAUGAAUGGCUGAAGUAGAGCAUGAGAACUUUCUGCUAUUAGAGUUAGAAAGUGAAGUGCAUACCCUGGCUUCCCCAUUCUUUGGGGUUCUCAUACAUCAUGACAAAAUCAGCACUAAGCAAAGCCCUCUAACGCUUGGCUCUUUUGAACACAACAUAUCAAAUCUAGAAGAUUAGAAGCUAGCAGUCCCAACAGCUACCUUAGUAACUGUGAAAGAGUUCAAAGUCCUCUGCACGAGAGCACUGAUCACAGAUCAUGGCAAUGCUGCUCAGGCCCUAUGGAGUCGGUUGGGUUGUUUGGUAGGACAUCCCGCCAAAUUGUAUAUGGUUAACAGAAACCGGAUCACUGGGGGUUAUCUUUACUGCAGAUACCAAAGAUUCAGACUCAUGGAAAGAUACUUUUCCGGGGCCCUUAUGUCCUGUCAUAUAAUUUAAAGAUCUCCAGAGAAUUUGUAUAAAAUGCUUAUUAUAUAGUGACAUCUUCAAUCACUAUAUUAUAAAAUUACUGGUCUGUUCCCAGUGAUAGCCCAGGAUCACCACAUUAUACAAGACGUAAGAGCUUUUGGGGGCUAAUGAGAACCGGGCAGCUCCAGCAGUGUAGCUGUGUAGAUUAAGGCUUGAUUUGCACUUACACCUGUAGUCUUGGAGCUGACAAAUAAGGUACAAAGCCGAAAACUUCAGCUUCUGCUCUGCUGCAAAGGUUCUGUUUUUACGUAGAGAAACGUGGCCAUUGGUCAGCAACCUUUCCUCACUGGUAUUGAGUUAGAUCAAAACCCUGCUGCAGGCUGGCCUUAGCUCAUGAUCCUCCUGCCUCUCUCCUCAGUGCUGGGACUGUAGGUGCCAGUCACCAUGUUCCUCUACAGAGUUUUCAAAGGUCUAGAUCAAGCCAGCCCUAGUGGUAUGUACUGCUAAUCCCAGCACUCGGGUGACAGACACCAGCCUGGACUACAUAGCAAGACUUUGUCUUGGUCAGUCAACGAAUCAGUUAUUCAUGCUCAGAGCCAAACUGAAAUGUUGGACUGACCUAUAAGCGCCAAAUAUGGUUUGAUUGGUUUUGAAAGCCAGGGCCUCACUGUGUAGCUAGCCCGACCAGUUUGACCUUGAGCUUGUGGCAACCCUUCCCAGGUGCUGAGAUUAUACUGCCACCAUGCCUGAGUUUCUUGGCAGACUUGACAGUGCUUUAGAGGCAGCCCUCUUGAUACUUCUCACUCAUACUAACAUUAAGAAACUUUUGGAAUUUGUUCCUUCUUAGUGGCUCUUCUCAGGUUUUGUUUUGAUUGCUUUCCUGGUUUUUGUUAGUUUUUUUUUUUCCCAUGUUUAUUUUAUAUCUAUGGGUGUUUUGUCUGCAUGAAUGUCUUGCAUCACACACAUUGCACAUGUGUAUAAUGUCCAAAGAGACCAGAAGAGAGUGUGGCAUCCUCUGGAACUGGAGUUACAGUGAGUGGUUGUGAGCUGCUGUGUGGGUGCUCAGAGUAGAACUCAGGUCCUCUGGAAAAGCAGCGUGUGUGUGUGUGGUGUGUGCGCCAGUUGUGUGGUUGCUCUUCAGAGCCUCUGAGAGCUGAGUCAUGGAAUUACAUACGGGCUGCUUAGGUGUGGGUAUUCAGACAGAAUUUGGGUCCUCUCUUAACUGUUAGGCCCUCUCUCCUCCCUUAGUGCUUUGUAAGCUAUAGAAUCUGUAGAUCCACUUUUAUGAACCUGAGCAAGUAGAUAAGAAUUGCCUGUACUUGGUGCUGAGGUAGAUCAGCUGCCUUUGGCACAAGAUCAUAGUACGGUAUCAAUACCACAAUAAACCCCUGCUUUUCACUUAGAAAUUGUUUCAUAAGUUGGUCUCAGGAAUCUGAACCUUGUAAAGUGACAUAGGUUAUGUGGUUGAUGUAGGUGGCUAUCUAACUGAUCUAGGACACUUGCUUGUUUUCAGUAUGGAACCCAGAAUGACUGGCUAACUCUUGGCAAUAGUAGUGAGUAUGGGUAAAAAGAUAAUUCAUAAAAGAGAACAGCCGAGGCUGGGCCUGUGGCAUCUAAGUUCUAGUAGUUCUUUAUCUUGCUAAUCAUCUAUGCGAUUCCCAGGCUGACCCUGAAUGUGGUGCCUUUUAAGGCACAAAGAAUGUCCUGGAUUAUGAAUUAUUAAACUUCUUCCGGCUACAGAGGGUACUUCAACUAGGGAGCAAGUGGUCCCAUCAUCCAAAGCCAGAGACAUCAGGUGUGGAAAUGAAUCAUUCCAGAGAGAGGGCCUAGCUCAAGAAAACAAGCAUGGAAGAAAUAAGAUAACUGCCUAAAGCAAACUUCUUUUUCAUAGAAGAGACUUUUUGAGUUUUCUGCUACCUGUCCCUUAAAACAUCAGUUCUUCAGCUGUUGCAGCCAGGAUUACUGACAGACAGAAAAGCUGGAGAAGUGAGGUAGUCCGUUGCCAUUAACGAUCUGUCUGUAUCAUUGUGACAAUUUUUUGAGUUUAUAUUUUGUGUGGUGUACAGUGACCAGGGUCAAAAGCCACGAGUGAACUGCGUUGAGAGCUUUGCCCCCAUGCUCCUAAUGUCUGAAGGAAUUUCAAACAUUUUUGUUAUCAUGUGACAACUAGUCUUUCUAGAACCUGCAUGUAUUCUUGUCCUGCUGCCAUUCUCUGAUUGUCAUCUUUAGUGCUGAAGGACAAACAGUCUAAUGCUGUAAUGUGCCCCAGGAAAGUGAAUACGCACGUACAUGGACAUCUGUUCAUGUACCAGUCAUGUUCUGUGUGCUUCUUGUCUUCAUCAUUUUGUCUUGUUUUCUUUUGUUUUGUCAUUUUCAAACAAAAUUUGUUUUCUUGAUGCUCUUCACAUCCCUUUCCCAUCCCUUUGGCUCUCUUUGUUUUCAUCUCAAUCCUUGUUUUAGGAUUUAUGUGGGGCCUUUUUUACUAUUCAGGCUCUGCUUUGGAAAGAUGGUAUGGAUUAGAUUCCCUGAAAAUGCUUUCCAUAGAUGGAAAUAGGAUAAUAUAUAUUUAUUUAAAAAUACCCUUCACUCCUGUCUUGUUGGGAUUGAAUUGAGGGUUUCGCACAUGGUGGGCAAACACUAGCACUGAGCCACAUCCAGCUGUAUAUAAAAAUAACUUUAAACACUGCUGAAGAGGCACAAAAUGAAGCUGAUAAAACAAAGCUAAGACUGGGAUCCUUGCAAGUAUCUGAUAAAACUAGCCUUACUCAGUGGUUGCCAAGCACAGCAUACCUUUAGCUUCUAAGGAAUGUGGGAAGAAGGGAAGGAGUCCACAGAAUGCUUAGCAUAGAGAUGAAUAAACACUCAUGACCAGAUGGCUUGUUAUGCAAACCUUGUGAUCCAAGUUCAAUGCUUGGAACCCACAUAAAUGUGGAAAGAGAACCAAUCUCAAAGUGCAUGCAUACCUAUUAAGCAGCAACAAAUACCCCGUUGGGAGAGACAGCAAAGACCCUUGUACUAAUCUUGAUAAUUUGCAAAUUUUGACUACCUGUGUGACCCACAAACUCGUAAAUAGGGACUUUGAAGUGGUACUUCAUUGGUCACACCUCUAGAAGAUUAAAAGAAGUCAGUGCAUUUUCUCCGAAGAUUUAGAAACAACUCCCAUAAACUUGAGCCAGGUCCUUAAGUUAGGCAGAGUAGUAAAAGAGCAGUGGAAAUGGUGAUAGAAGAUGCAUAAGCCAAUCCUUAAAUACUUAAGAUGUUGGCACAAGCACGGACUAUAACAAGAUACAGAUUUGGGUCAGUGAGCUCCAGUGGUCAGAAGGCCUACUAAGCAAAGCCCUGGUAGACGAUGUGAAUCUUAGAGCAUGUAAUUAGUGAGUAAGAGUGUUGGACAAUGACAUGUAAGUUGAAAGGGUGAUUAGAGUAGAAUUCUGUAUUGAAGAAAAGUAAAGAUGCUGAUCAAAACUUUUGUGAAACGUGUCUCUAUUAGCUGUAACUAUUGAAGGAUAGAAAUAGAACAUAUGACUUCUAAAGAAAAGGCAAAAGCAGAAGGUAGCUGAAGUUGAUAGAAUGACCUGGGCUUAAAGGCUGCAGCAGUAGAGGAGAGGCGUAUGUCAUGCCAGUGCUAGGGUUAGCAUGCAACAAGUGAACAGAGCAUGGGUGGGAAGCAAGUGUAGAGUCAGAAGACGUCUUCCAAAAGGACGAAGUAACUUGAGUAAAGCUUCAGUAGCUGGUCGUGUAAGCUUAAACACAAGGGUAGGACCCAAUACUAUUACGUCUUCCUGUCUUAUUUUAUAAAUUGCUUUUUAAGAAAACCUUGUAUCUAUGCAUGUGUUCACAUAUGUGCACACAUGAAGGCCAGAGGCCAACUUCUACUAGCGUCUCUUGGUCUCUAUUUUGGGGGAAAGUCUCUCUAAACUUGAAGCUUACUAAUUGGCUAUACUGCCCGGCCAACGAGCUCCUGGGAUGCGCCUAUCUCUAUACCCUAGUGCUGGGGAGAUGAAUAACUGGAUGUAACAGCUGCUGAGAGUCUGACUUCUUGUCAUUAUGUGAGCAUAGCCAACCCUUCCUCUGCUGUGAAAUGUACCCUCUUUGUUCAAAGAUGCUGCCUUUAGGGUAAGAGAGCCAAUGAGGAGCACCGUGCUAUCCCAGGUCAUUUGGGCACCAUUCAUCAUUUCCUGGGAUCUCAGGGCCAUUAGCUGAAAAUCUGGAAUGCAGAUGGUCUAUCAUCAUGAGACACAUUUCCAGUAGACACUCACUCCUACUUGCACUCCUACUUACAUGGAACAUAGCUUAGAUUUUCCGUGGACUCCAGAUGUGCUAUAUAAUGUCUUCCUCAAACGCCAAUUGCUUUAAUCUUUUUUGAAGCUAAUGUCUGAUAUCCAGCUCGGGGUCUUGAAGUCAUUCAGAAUGAAAAUGUGUAAACUACUCAGCACCAAGCUCAGGCUUUGGUGUCUGGCUUCCUGAAUUUAAAUUCUCACUGUCAUAGCUGUGGACUCUUGCAAUCUCUGUUUUGUUUGUUUUUGUUUUUUAAUAAAUGUUUCUUUCAUUCAGUGGUGGGGGUUGAGCCUACAGCCUUGUAUAUGCUAAGCAAUCACACUUACCAAGGAAUCAUAUACCCGGUUCUCUUUGGCAGAUUUCUUAAUCUUUUGUCCCUCUUGUCAUGGAGCCUAAUAUGUACAUAUGGUGAAGAUAAAAUGAGAUUAUGAAUGGAAUUGCACUUAAACUAUAAUUGGCACAUACCAAGUAUGUUGUAGCUAUUAUUAUUAUUAGCACUAUUUUGAGAUAGGCUCCCUUUAUUUAGCCCAGUCUGGUCUUGAACUCACAGUAGUCUUCCUACCUUAGCUUCUUCACGGCUAUGAUUUCAGGCAUGAGCCACCACACCUGACAUAUUACUUUAUUAUCGUACCUAUCAUUAGAUAGUUCUCUCUGCAAUUAUAUGUACAUGUAUAUGCAUUUGUUUAUAUUAAUUAGAUGAUUAUUUUGCAAGGUAAAUUAUGUCUAACUACUUAAAGGAUUAUUUCAAGGGCUACCCAAAAUGACAAUUAGUGUACAUGUUCAGUUCCCAGAUUAGGAGAAAGUGGUAUCAGUCAUUUGAUGGAUAGUUACACUUCUCUCAUCUAGGUCCUAUUCUAAAUGUCUAUUAGAAAUGAUCUGUACAGAAAUUAAAGUCAGGGUUUACAGAUCACUUUAUGGCAAGGCCAGGUGGAAGCAUCCAUCAAGUCUAGAUGAGACUUAAUAAUAGACUUUUGAACCUGAUGGAAAAAGACUUUUUUUUUUCCCCAAAUACCAAGGUUUUUUGGAUGUCUGAAUCCUUGGGAGGUAAGGAAGUAAUCUGCUUGCAGAGCCUAUGAGAGCUAUGAAAAGAUUUAGUUGGAUGAAGUCAAAUAAAAAGCCACAUAUAUUUGUUAAGUACAUUGCUAUACACGAGGACUUAUUCUGGUUAUAAAGGUUAUCGUGAGCACAGGCCCUUGUCCUAAGAAAGCCAGAGAAAGAGUUGGAAAUAGUAAUGUUACUAGACCACUGUUAAGGAGAACAGUAUAGAGUAGGGAAGGUUGUGUAACCAACUACAGGAAACUGCAUAAUUUGAGGCAAGAGGUAAUGAUAGCUUAGACCACUGCGACAUAUUAUAAAAACGAUUACCAAUUCAAGGUCUAUGUAAUAAUGAUAGUAACAGCUGGUAUCUCCCCUCUUCUUCCCUCCCCUCUCCUUUUCCCUCCCCUCCUUCCCUUCCCCUCUCUUUCCCCCUCCCUAUCUCUUCUCCUUUCCUCUCCCCUUCUCUUUCUUCCUCCUCCCCACCCCCCCAGGUGGGCUGGAAAUUGAGGCCUUGAUUUAUCUAGGCAAGCUCUCCAUCAUUGAGUUGUAUCCACAUUUUCACUUCUGAGAUAGAGUAUCACUAAGUUGCAAACUGGCCUUGCAGUUGUGACGCUCCCACUGAGUCCAGUCCAGUGCUGGGCUUACAGGCCUGUACCCACACACCCUGCUAGUGCUUUCUCUGUAUGACACUUUAAAGUCUUUGUAUAUACUGACAUUUACUCUUUACAUCAGCCCUGUAUAGAAGGCAUGACAUGAACAUGUACUACAAAAUAAACCUAAGGCUGUGCUUCGUAUUACAUGUUUUCCCUGCUUGAUAUUUACCACAACUUGCUGAUUAUCCAUAUUUUGGAGAUGAAGAAAUUAAUUUUAAAGUAAUUAACUAACUUGCCUGAGGUCUCAUUUUUGUUGGUUCCCUUGGACUAGUUUUGGAACCAAGGCUGAGUGUUCACCUCUUAUAAUGGGUUUAUAAGUAUGCACUAUUAUGUCUGGCUUGGGGUGUUAGGCAUUGAAUGGAGAACUUCAUGCGUGUUAGGUGCGCGCUUUAAAUUUACUACCUACAGUGCUACAUCUUUAGUACUAUUUUUGUUUUUGUUGUUGUUGUUGUUGUUGUUGUUGUUGUUGUUUUGGGUUUUUUUGAGAGAGGGUCUUGUUGCUGCCCAGGAACUUGUAGUAUAGACCUUGAACUUGGGGCCAGUCCUCAUUCCUCUGCCAACAGAUUCUGGUAACCACCAUGCCCAGUCCUGAAUCCUUUGUUUUUUUAAACUACUGAUUUCAAAUGGUUUAAGGCAAAAUUAAUGGAACACAAGAAUGAAGAUGACUUAAGCAUCCUUAAGGAUGCUUUUCUGGUUGCUGGCUGAUACCAGCCACUAGCUGAAAUAGGAAACAGUGAUGAGUACAGGGUGGCAGGGCUCUAGAAUCACAGGACGGUUUCAAUCUGUUUAACUCUCUUCCCCUGGCGUAUUAAACUUGGGUUCAGAUUCGGAAUGACAGAAGUGGAGACAGUCAUCUGUCAGGAGACAUGGUAUGCUGGGCUGCCCUGCCUCGUCCUGGUCUCUCUCACUCUUUCCAUGGUCUCCACCUAUCUCUUCUCCUCCUCCUUCUCCCGCUUUCUCUCUAGUGGGAGACUGGCACGCUGCUGUGGGAACUCAUGGGUCUUUUACGCAGAACCCGUGCUUCCUCUUUGUCCCAGCAGACUUACUGCUACAAUGCAGACUUGCAGGGCUUAUAUGGGACCAAUGCGGGUUGUAGCUGUGCCUUUACAGUGCAGCUCUCCACAGCAACGCCCUGCCCAAGGUGGAGAAGGUUCCAAAUGGGCAGUGCCUAGUAACCACAACGCAUGGGUGCCCUGUGCUGUCAGAGGCCAUCACCUCCUGCAGAAGGGCACGCACCUUCUGACUUGUCACAUCCCAGCUUCACACUACUUCCUAUUUUGACUUUUUUGCAGAAUUGUGGUUUCGGAGCCAAAGUUAGCUUGGUAAUGAUAGAUAGAGCAAAUGCCUAUUAUGCGUGGUUUCUGAGUUUAAUCCUCAGGUCAGACACAAAUUCUUUUUUUUAAGCACUUUUAUAUGCCUUACUUAUUUUUAUUGUAUGUACAUUGGUAUUUUCCUGGCAUGCAUAUCUGUAUGAUGGUGUUGGGUCCCUUGCAACUUGAGUCAGUCGCGAGCUGCCAUGUGGAUGCUGGGAAUUGAACCUGGGUCCUUGGGAAGAACGACCAGUGCUUUUAGCCUCUGAAGUAUCUCUCGAGCCCCAACACAAAUUCUUAAUCUGUGAGAGUGUACAUAACUAUUUUUUUUCUUUUGGAUUUUUCGAGACAGGGUUUCUCUGUAUAGCCCUGGCUGUCCUGGAACUCACUUUGUAGACCAGGCUGGCUUCGAACUCAGAAAUCCACCUCCCUCUGCCUCCCGAGUGCUGGGAUUAAAGGUGUGUGCCACCACUGCCACUCCUGUUGUCCAUUCCCUGUCUGCUUUCAGGCAUUUUCAUUUUCUCAUAACCUAGACCUGCUCAGCAGUAGUGUCACAUACUCUCCAUGUGGCAUCUGUAUAUACGAUUGUAUAUGCUCGUUCAUGCUUUAUGCUUCUAAUGACUGACUGUUUUGCCUUAGUCUGUGUUACAUUUUUAUUUAGGCCUGUUUUCUUCCUGCUUCUGAAGCACUCAUUUCUGGCUGCUAUGGAAACCAUACAGGCUACAUCCUCAGGGGACAAGCCCUCCUUAAGAUGAGCUGGUUGUGACCCUUCUUGCUCACCCUUCCCUAUGGUCUAGCUCUUGUCAGACCCUUUGCUUCCUUUUCCAGAAGAUUUGAAUGGAAGCUGUGCCCCUAGCCAGAGAUGCUAAGCCUCCUUCCCUCCUGUUUCCUUCAGAACAUACCAAAGGGAAUUUUUUUUCUUCUAAAUAUUUUAUGUAUAUGGGUGUUUUGUUUACAUGUGUAUCUGUGCCCCACAGAGGCCAUAAGAGGGCCUUGGAUCCCUAUAACUAAUUAGACUGUUUUAAGUUACUGUGUGGGUGCUGGGAUUCGAGCUCGGUUCUCUGCAAGAACAGCAAGGACCUUUAACUGUUGAGCCAUCUUUCCAGCUCUCAAAGGAGAUUUGACUUGUUUUAAACCCUUAUUUCAUUGAAAAUAAGUUCUUCUGUCGGGCAUCUUCGGGCUUAAUACCCCUGGCACUGUGUGAGUACAGAGACAAGAGGAUUUACAAUUGAAUCCUACCCAAUUGCUAGAAAGCUACUAUCUACAUCUAAGCAGGGUCUGAUGCAAUCUUUAGGAAGGACCCUAGCUCCUCCAAAUUCUCAUCAUGUCUUCUGUCUAGUUUUGAGACCCCAAGCUCUUCUUGCUGAACACAGUUAGUACUUAACUGGAUACAUUUGUAACACACUUCUGGUUCAACUUUUACUUCCCAUAGAACCCUUUAGUUCUGGUAACACAUUCCAGUAAUGAUUUCUUCAUUCCCAGUUGCUUUGUAAACUGCAUUAUAAUGGAUCCAUUUAAGGAAAAUGAUCUCUUAAAUAAAACCCCAAUUUCUUUCAUACUUCAUGCAUCCUGAAAAUAUUUGUCCAACAACCAUUUGAUUCAGAUGCUUGGGCUUAAGGCUCCUCCUGUUCCUAAGCGUUCCAUUUCUGGUGAUGGAGGCCAUAGAUAAAUGAGUCAGUAAGGUAAGCACUGUUAGAAUAGUGACUGUUAAACAUGUACUAGAGAGGCCGACUGCCAGAAGGGCAGCACGGCAUCUUUGAGGUGUACUGGGCUCAUUAAAGGAUAGCUAGGAUUCUGCUCCUUGAAGAUUUGAAGUCAUUUAAGUCAGAUGGAACACUGCAAAACUAUAGAAAUGCAAAAAGUAGACACCUAAUCUGCAAGAGGAAUUCUCUUUGUAGAAACAUUUCAUCUAGUAAAUGAAGUAGUUUGAAAAAAAAAAUGUCAUCAAUGUGGAAUCCCUAAUACCUAGGUCUUUCAGGCAUUGAGCAUCAAUGGUUGAUAUCACAAAAAUAAAGAAAUACCACCCACGAAGUUUAAAAACUCUGGUAGAGGGUAUGGCUCAGUGGUAGACUUCUCGUCUCACAUGUAGGGAGUCCUUUGUUCAGUUCCCAAGCACAGCAAAGAAAGAAUUUAGUUUUGAGUCUGAUCAAGCCUUUGGAUUCAACUAGUAUUUAAACAGGGGAAAGGCAGGGGAAAUACUGAACUAUAUUAUCAAGAUGACCCAAUUCUUUGAUAAAUUAGUUACAAUAAGAAAAGAGUGUAGGAAGGACAAUAUUGUAGUCUCAAUGCAUGCUUACGAACCCAGCCCUUGGGAGGGAGGAUCAGGAGUUAACAGGUCUUCUUAGCUACAAAUGGAGUUCUAGGCCAUCUUAGGUUACACGAGACUGUGGUCCAGUCAUGCCCUCCCCUCACACAAGCAUACUCUGUGAGAUAAUUGGACAUUUCAACAUAGAAUGCUUGUUACAAAGGGAUGAUCAUGUUUUAAGUGUGAGUUUGGGGAAAAUACAAAAUCUCGAGACAUGGUUUCUCUGUGUAGCCUUGGCUGUCCUGGAACUCACUCUGUAGACCAGGCUGGCCUCGAACUCAGAAAUCUGCCUGCCUCUGCCUCCCAAGUGCUGGCAUUAAAGACGUGUGCCACCACUGCCCGGCUGAGACAGGAUCUUUUACGUUUUGGCCUUAAUUUAUGUUUUUUUUUUUUUUUACAUUAAAAAAAUAAUCUACUUAUUUUAUGUGCAUUGUUGUGUUGUUUUCCCUGCAUCCUGUGUGAGAAUGUCUGUUCCCCUGGAGCUUAGGUUACAGACAGUUGUGAACGGCUAUGUGGGUGCUUGGAAUUGACCGUGGUCUUCUGGAAGAGCAGUCAGGGCUCUUAACCACUGAGCCUUCUUUCCAACCUGUUUGGUUGGUUUUGAGAUUUAGGACGAUAAGAUUUCAAAACAAAAAGAAAACCCAGUCUGGCCUUUAUCUUAUUCUGUAGCUGAGGGUAACUUUAAAUUCCUGAUACUCCUGGCUUUGCAUAUAAAUAUUGGGAUCAUAAGCAUAUGCCACCAUUGAGGUCUCUUGCUAAAUAUUGCAGGCUGGACCUGAACUUAAGAACUGCCUGACUUUGUCCAUCAAGUGCUAGGAUUAGCUAUGUGUGGCACCACGCCUGUGUAUAAUUGUAGCCUUACAGUUAGAGCAGUGUGUUGGAAUGAAUGCUUCAUGGUUGAAAAGCCACGACCGGGAAAUCUGCUUUCAAGUACUGAGGUGGCACGGUGGAUGGGGUGUAAAUGAAAUGAGACUAGCCAUGAAUAGUCAUUAAGGCUGUUAGAUGUGUGGAACCGAGGUGCAGGACCACGGAGCACACAUCAGGAAAAACAGUCGAGACAGCAGCAGCAGUACAGGCAGCAGCAGUACAGCAGCAGCAGUACAGGCAGCAGACAGCAGCAGCAGUACAGCAGCAGCAGUACAGGCAGCAGCAGUACAGUAGCAGCAGUACAGGCAGCAGCAGUACAGCAGCAGUAGUACAGCAGCAGCAGUACAGGCAGCAGCAGUACAGUAGCAGCAGUACAGGCAGCAGCAGUACAGGCAGCAGCAGUACAGCAGCAGCAGUACAGGCAGCAGCAGUACAGGCAGCAGCAGUACAGCAGCAGCAGUACAGGCAGCAGCAGUACAGGCAGCAGUAGUACAGCAGCAGCAGUACAGGCAGCAGCAGUACAGGCAGCAGCAGUACAGCAGCAGCAGUACAGGCAGCAGCAGUACAGGCAGCAGCAGUACAGGUAGAGGUGGCUUUUGGAUUAUGAGUUUCUUUAACUGCCAAGUGCAGACAGAGGUUAGGUUUCAGAUGUCUAUGAGACUGAAGUUCUGGGAUGGGGAAUUCUGGAACAGUCAUAAGGAUGGAAGAGGAAGGCUGAACCAAGGAGACUCCCUGUCACAUUUUAGCAAGGUCAACGCUGUUUUUAAGUUUUGUUAAACUUGGCUUGAUGGUAAAAUUUUCAUUUAUAAGCAUGACUGUAGACAAUUUAAAUUUUUUGUUUAUGGCUAUUGGAUCAUUCGGAUACUUUAAAUGGAGCACAUUGUAGUAGAGGGUAGACAACGUGGGGAAAUUGGCCACCAUGCUAGCGCAGUCUUUGGCCCAGCAGGUGCAUUUGCACAUACUAAUUUGUUUCUAGGAAGGACAGAAGGGAGGCAUGGAAAUCUCAUGUAUCACACACCAAAGCCAGUCCCUCUGCGCAGCUGGAUUAUAUGGGCUGCAACGUGGCUCUCUCCUGCUCUUACCAGAGCGCCUGGAUUCAUAGCCCUUUUCCUGUGCACAAUCAAGUUGGAAGGCAGGGAAUGAUGCCAUAAUUGCUCCUCUUUUAACCAUGGCUGCUUCUUAUCCAUAUCACCCCUUUUAAUACCACUGUACCUUUAAGAAAGGUAUCAAUUGACAAUUUCCAUACCUGAAUACAGUGUUACCUUGGUAAUGUUUACCACCGUACCUCUUUCCAUCUCCCCCAACCCACUGUACCUUAUAGCUGUUUAAAUUCCAGACUACAAGACUCUGCAGUUGCCAUCUUUUCCUUCUUUUCUUCAAACUUGAAAUCUUUCUAUAUUGGAAAAGCCAUUGACGUGUUAAUCUCUCCUAAGCUACACUCUCUUUCAUCUUUGUGCCUUUAUAAAAGUGCAUGGAGACACACAAGCUACCUAUGUCUAGUGAGAAUAAGCUGUCAACAUUGUAGGCUUGCAGGCUAAAAUCUUUUAGGUAUAUCCUCAUGCGUCUGUCCAUUGGCUUCUAUGCCACUCUGCCUCAUGGUUGUUGUGUGUAUAUUUUAACCCCAGCUGCAGGGGUUAGUGUCUGAAAUCUUGGUCCUCUGCUAGAGAGAACAACAAUUUUCCUUUAGGGCUAGGAUAUGAAAUCUCUUCUGGAGUAAGCCUUGGAGUCUGACAGUGGUUUUGAGUCUAUGAACAGUUUUGAAUUUGGGGAGCCAAGCCCUGUCCUGGGUUGUUUCACUUAAGCCCUCUAUUUUCCACAGACUCUGUGUAUUCCUCUUGCUCCCAUUCCAACUGUUCCCACCCAAGAAGGAUGCCUUGUGCUUCUGCACAUUUUACUCAGUCGUAUUGGCCUGUGUGGUAGCCAGAGAUCCGGUUAGAGGACUGGUAAAUGGAAUUAGAGAGGUAUGAGAAAGGAUUUUGCAGAAAUUGGAUGUGCUGCUGUACUCCUGUAAUCCCAGGCCCUGGGAAGUGGGGGCAGGAGGAUCACUACCCAUCCUUAGCUACUUGGUGAGUUUGAUGCCAAACUAUGCCACAUGGGACCAGGUCUCAAACAAAACAAGCUUGCUUUGCGGUUUGCCUACAUCUUAGAAGGCUAUUUAUUCUACUGAUAACAGCAGAAGAAGUUGUACUGGGUAACUAUCUUUUUGUUUUUCCGGCUGUACAAUUUGAAAAAUGUAAUUGAAGGUAAUUUACAGAGUAUCAAGGAGUAGUUUUAUUUUGUUUCAUUUUUGUUUUUCUUAACACAGGAUAAGUACUUAUAUUCUUGGGUCUCUCCAUCCAGAGGCAACCAUUAUUAACAUUCUGUUAUUCUUUUAUCUGUUUUUUGUCCACUUAACAAUAAUAAAAUAAAGCUUAUGCAAUACAGGUGAUGCAGUUUUGCCUGCCUUUCCUGCCCAGUAUUGUUUCAGACAUGUUUCUAAAUUGAUUCUUCAAAACCAAUUAUUUUCAUGGCUGCAUGACUAUACCAUUAUUUAUUUAAUUUUUUCAGUUGUUGAAUACUUAAAUAUUAUAACUAUGUAUAAUAUUAUAAAUAUGCUACAAUAAACUUAUUUCUGUCUAAA